ACGCGCCGCGGUGCCGCCCGCCCCCGCCCCGCCCCGCCCCGCCCCGGUCAGCUGGGUUCCGCGUCCAGGCGGCUGCGGAGCAUCCCGGGCGGCGCGAACGGCCCAGCCAUGUCUGCAGCCAUGAGGGAGAGAUUCGAUCGGUUCCUGCACGAGAAGAACUGCGUGACCGACCUCCUGGCCAAGCUCGAGGCCAAGACCGGAGUGAACCGGAGCUUCAUCGCGCUCGGUGUCAUCGGACUGGUGGCCUUGUAUCUGGUGUUCGGUUAUGGAGCCUCUCUGCUCUGCAACCUGAUAGGUUUCGGAUACCCAGCCUACAUCUCGAUGAAAGCCAUCGAGAGUCCCAACAAAGAUGAUGACACCCAGUGGCUGACGUACUGGGUGGUAUAUGGUGUGUUCAGCAUUGCCGAGUUCUUCUCUGACCUCUUCCUGUCCUGGUUCCCCUUCUACUACAUGCUGAAGUGUGGCUUCCUGUUGUGGUGCAUGGCCCCGAGCCCGUCUAACGGGGCCGAGCUGCUCUACCGGCGCAUCAUCCGUCCUGUCUUCCUGAAGCACGAGUCCCAGGUAGACAACGUGGUGAAGGACGUGAAAGACAAAGCCAAAGAGACCGCAGAUGCCAUCACUAAAGAAGUUAAGAAAGCUACGGUGAACCUACUGGGUGACGAGAAGAAGAGCACCUGAGCCCUGGCUGAUGGCCCCACCCGCUGUCACUCCCAGCGCUCUGCGGCACACUGGGGACAGUGGCAUAGGCGAUGACUAUGUUGCCUUGGAAACUUUUUGAUGUAUUAAAAAUGGAAUGUGUUGUAAGCUGUUUUGCUUUUAUUGUCAUACAUGUAGGGAGCAUUUUCAUUUACAUCUAACACAGUGGACAAUAUCUAAACAUUUUUAAGUAUUUUGCUGAGUAGGAAGACAUGCCACUGUACUCCAGGAACUACAAACAGACUGGAAUCGAUGUCCGUAAGCUUUGCUCUGCAGGGCUCACCUGCAUGCGUUUUCUGGUACUGACAACUAGGAAAUUACUGAUUCUGCUUUGUGUGGUGUAUGGUUUUAUAUAGCUCUGUGUUUUUAGUGUAUUUGUGUAUAUAUAUUUGUGCAUAUAUACAGGGGAAUGUUAUUGCUUGGCUAGAACAUGCUUAGUGCUUGAGAGGGAGAGGCCCUGUAACCUGUGAGGCACCUGCUCUCAUGUGUGAGCGUCCAGGUCAUGCUGCAGCCGAGUAACACGCGGACGAGCACAGUAAGGCGUGAUGCAGCAAGGAAGGUGGCCGUGAUUGUUCCGGACAGUCUGUCGAGCAGGUGCCGCACUAGGGAAAUACUCGCACACAGUGGUGAUCAACUCCGGUUCCCUGCAGAAAUGGUGAUACCAUCUCACCUGCUGUACAUUUGUCCGGUUUUGAUGCUGAAAUGUCAACCAUUCCUGUUUCACCUUAAAAACUGGGCAGCAAGUGUCUUAGUCUCUCCUCUCCAUAUUCUGUUAAAACCAACUCAAGGUACCUCCCAGACAUGCCCACUUCUGCUGCAGAAACCCUGUUACUGCUUCCCGCAGCGCAAGUGAUGUCCAUGGGAGAAGGUCCGAGUUGACUUCUGCUUGCCCGUCUUUCCCAAAUAGAAUAACAGCAUGACUUGGAGAACCGAGAAUGGUGUGAGCUUGUGUCUGGCUGGAGGCAAAGCAUUUGUUUGCAUCUGAAUGAUAUUCAAAGGCAUGUAAAGUUACGGAAUUCCUACUAAAUAUUCCAGACAGUGCAGCGGUUAUUUCCCGCCUCAGUCAUUCAGAUGAGCAUCGCUGCUGUUCUGGGGAAAGAGCCCCCUGUCCACACCUGCAGAACGUGAUUAUAGCCUGUCCUCCUGGUGUGCUCCACCAGACAGACUUGCGUGUGCCGUCCCUUCCUCUGUGUUCCCAGACUCCCUGUUGCCUGAAGCUUGAGAGUCCUGACCUGUGUGGACUGUUCUUUCCUGUGCGUGUAUAGCUGUGACAAAGUAAGAAUUAGAGAAGAAUUACGACAAUACACUCUAAUAAAGAUUAUGUUUAUCUGGUCUCAAA